GGUUCCCAUAGGUAAAUGCUUGUGCAUAUACUACCGAAAGAGGCGACUGGCAUAUCCAAAAUGCACAGCUGUGUUUCGAUCUCCCUUCGCCCCAACAGACACUGCCAGAUACUCUAAACAGGCUGCGGCUGGACACGCAGACGAAUCGAGGCUCUGCUUGGUUCACUCGAAUAGCCAUGGCCAACACCACAGCCACUGUCACCAGUGCUCGUCAGCUCGUUACCAAAGAAUUUCCGACAGUCGUCCAAGCUCCGAAGUCUACCCCCCAUUAUCUCGAAUCUAUUUUUCCGAUCACCUUCUCUACGAAGUUAUCCGCAUCUAUAGCACCUUCAGCGUCAUCGGCUCAUCCCUUACGUUGCCCGAGAUCAUAUGGCUUUAGGCCUCGCUGUUUCGCCGGCUGCUAACACCCUUGACGAGAAACCAAACAUCUCCAAGAAGAAAUCCUCUGUUAGAUUCAAAGACUCGCCACGAUGGAAGCGAUUGCGGUCAAGCGAUCCACCGAGGCUUUUUCAGCCACCGCCAGACAUCGCCAAUCCUUGCCCCCCACUACCACCCAUUGCGUCUUCGGGACGUCUUAGCACAGUCACUACGAAGAUCGGAGACGCCAUCGGUCGGUUCCGGAAGGAGCCCAUCCAGCCGCAGAGCCCCAAGCAGUAUGGCGAAAGCAUUCUGCACGACGAGCUCGAAGACACUAAACCCCGAGAUACCAGACUCGCAAUUAAAGAGAACGACGUCCUCAGGGUUGUUUUGGGGCACAAAUCGUUCUCGAUGCGGGGCGUGGACAUCGCGUUGACGGAUUUCCCUUCCCUUGACAGUCUAGAGGUUUACGGUGUGGACGAGGAACAGUCUCGCACAUUGUGGACGAAGGAGAUACAUCGCUUGGUUACGUAUGUCAAUGAUCCGGACCAGAAACUUAGGUUCUCAAGCCCAACUUUCCUCAGGGAAGGCUCUCCCGAUGCCUAUUGCCGUCUUUCGUCUCUCGCCAAACGUAUCCUGGAUUGCAAUCACAUAAGAGCCUACGACAAUGAAGCACUAUAUGCUGCGCAUCAUGAGGACCUUCGAGAUACAGAGGACCAUGAUAAAUACCAGAUACAUCUCACUCGGUUGGAGCGCGCUACCAUGGAUGACAAUCUGACGGACGGAGAAAGCCGGAUUGAUAUAUUUGCUCUUGUGGACUACCUCACUGCAAGCUUUGCCCGCUUUCUCUGCCAAUCCGCGCACGGCUCCGAAUGGCACAACCAUGUCCUUGCAUUGCUCUCUACUUGGUCGACGGCGGUGAAGGUCAUCUCGGAGCGGCCAUCUACAUUCGCACGCCUUGCUCUGGACACGGCGGCAGAUCGGAUUCAAAAGGCCGAGAACAACGAUCGAAAACAGAUGCUCUCGGAAGCAACCGGCGUGGAAAAAGGCCAGGAGCUCCUCAGGGAAAUACUGAAGUUCAGAUAUUUCAAACAGAGGCGGAGACUCCGGAAGCUUGAGAGUUCACUCACCCAGAUGCUGCUGAAUUUGAUGGAUUAUAAGGACGACGUCGAAGACUGUUUGACCAAGUACGAGCUCUGUUCCGUUGUUUACGAAACCGGAUUCGAAGGCUUCCAAACGCUGCUCUCCCAAGUGGCAAAUGGUGAAUUGAUGGGAACGUCAGCCCCGGCAUGCCUGAAUAUUGCACACUCCGCCUGUGCGAUUCUGAAUGAAAUCGUGGAGACUGUCCGGAAAGAUCCCCAUCGUCCUCCUCCGCCCAGGAAACCUGUCGAAUCGCCGCUCGAGACCAAGUUUCGUUGGGUGUACAACGACAACGAAGAGCAGGAAAGUACAGACAUCCAGGCUCGUUCGCUCAAUGGAAAGACAGUCACACCGAACGAAAUGUCUCUGGAAAGCAUGGAAGACAUCAUCACCAUCACCAUACCGAUCCUGUUGACGACACCGUGGAUCGUUUCGGAGAUCUUUGAUGCCAUCAACGUGUUUGCUCACACUUGCGAGGGGGAGGAGCCAACACGAUAUUAUGCAUCGACAAAGUUCAAGGCAUUCUUUCGAAUGUACACCAACCUCUUCGAGAGUUCGAGGAACAGUCAAGGCAUGUACGUUUCCUCGCUCUCCAGGGGAUUAAUGACUCGAGACAAGCUCCUUGCCGGACCAACGAUCGCCCUCGGACCUGAAUCGACGAAAAAUAUGUGUGAAACGACUCCCCCCAAUAAUUCUCGCCUCAUCGAUGCUACCAGUAUGGCAAAGGCGGGCCGCACGAUGGAUGAGUGGAUUUUCGAUGAGAAGGCGGUGAUAGUUCAAUGCCCACUCUACGUGUGGAGCGUCAUCACCGCGGCCUCGAUCCUGGUUAUUGGUGGCAUGGUCAUAGGCUUCACGGUCAAAGGUCGAAUCGCAGCGGUCGACCCGUUCAAUAUCACUACCUACUGCUGGGUUCUUGCCGCCUUUCUUGUGCUGAUCUGCAAAAGCGUUCGAGUCGAUAACUGGUCAUGGCGAGACUUCCUCCACUUCAGAGUACAGUGCCGAAGCGUCAGUGAACUUCACGAUGUCAGCGGAGUGCCCGAGCAGCUCAUAAUCGCCAAGCUCCUCCACGAGGAGCACACGACAAUUCUGCGCACACGUGGACCAUACAAUUCGGCGUUCAAACGGAAAGCCGACGAUGGCUUCUCCAUUGACGUUCCGCUCACCAUGUGGACGAUGCUGCUCAGUGGACUGAUCAUGGUGCAGGUGAUGAGGCCCAGCGGCCGCGCACUCGCUUGCUUGGAUGUUCGCCGCGGAAAAAAGUAUACGUGCGUCAUCCAUGACAGCAAUCCAAGCAGCGCAUCGGAGUUGUUGGUCUGCAUUGAUCCGGUGACUUCGCACCAGGGCCGCGGUAGGGGGAAGAAACAGCUCUUUUCGCUUCAUGUCGAGAAGUUGGAGUGGAGAAAGGUCCAGGGACUGUUCAACAUGCAGAAUGCGGAGUUUAUGUGAAGAUGCGAGUGGGCUUGGAUUAUUGACUGCUUCCUAUGGCGUUUCAAAUGUGGGCUUUAUACUGGGGGGUUUGAACUCUGGAGUUUGGAAUUUGGGUUUUGGGUUACUACCAUGUGCAUAAUGGCGUUACAUACCGGUACUCUGCUGUGAGCCCGUGAAGGCCAGACGGAUACUCGGACUCCAGGCAGUGAAUGCGAUGUUACCUAGUGGUUUUACCACCAGCACAA